UUGUGGGUUCGCAUCAAGAUGGCAGACGAGGGCGACCAGCCUGGCGAUGACCAGUUUUGGGAAAACUUUCCGCAGCAGAUCAGCUUCAACCUUGAUGAUCAGCAGGCCGGAAACGACCAGCACUACUUGGCCAACGAUCAGCAAAUCCAAGAUGGUUCAGGAACUGGCUCCGUACCUGGAAAUGACCAGUAUGACUUCGCCAACCAGCAGCAGCUUCACGGUGAUCCUGGAGACGACUCUAGCGGAGACGUUCAUCACAACUUCGGCGGCCAUCAGCAGUUCCACGGUCAUCCAGAAACUGACUCCAUACCUGGAAAUGCUCAACACAAUUUCGCCGACGAUGGGCACUUCUACGUCGGUUCAGGAGUUGGCUCCGUACCUGUUCAAUCUGAGCACAACCUCAUCGGCCACCAGCAGUUUCAGGGUGGUCCAGGAAACGCCUCUAUGUCUGGAGAUAGCCGGCACAUUUUCGCCAACCAGCAGCACUUUCAAGGUCUAGGACAUGGCUCUGCACCUGGAAAUGGACACCGCAACUUUGCAAUGGACAUGCAGUAUCACAAUGUUCAAGCACAUGCUCCUAUGUACGGAGGUGGCCAGCAAAACUUCAACUUUAACAACGCUCAGCAGCCUCAUUCAAACCCAAACAACUUCCAUGUCAACGACUAUGGCUCGCAGAUUUACAAUACACACAGCUUGCAGUCGCAGAAUUUCAAUCAAAGCGGGUAUCCCCUUGCCGGCAGCUCCUCCUUCGACAACACUCAACAACACAUGAACAACGAGUCUGGCUUCACCGUCAACCCAAGUGACUUGAGUACUCCCGACCGGGAGUUACACUCCGAGACUUGGCAACAGCACAAUUCGUUACACCGACCUUCAAGCGCGCUGGGACCAGACCCUACUCUGGGAUUUGACCCGGCUACAGAGAUGUCUCAGCCAUUGUCGUUCUUUCCAUCUUCCCCCAUGCCGCUGCAGCCCAACAUAGCUUUUCCAUCGACGAACGUCACAGAAUAUCAUUCUCAACCGCACCAGACGUACACUGGUUCCCAUGGUCAAGUCUCCGGGGACUCGGCUGGUGAGCAAUACCAAGCCACGAACAAUCAGCCUCAACACGUCGAUGGUAGCGUAACGGAAGACCAGAAUAUGUUCGGAAUGGACACUAACGAAGCCUCCGACGACGGUGAUUCGAAGUUGUUCGUGCAGCCUGGGCCUGGCGAAGACGUCUCGUCCUACCUAGACCUUGUCGGCACCAAUCUCGGCGGCACCAAUCUCGACAACAUCGAUCUCGGCGAUAUGAGUCCUGACGACAUCGACAAGUUGAUUCGUCAACUCGAACAGCGUAAUGGGCUCAUUGAUAACCAAUCUCAACCGUCGCCCGCUGGCGAUGGCUUUGCGUUGGCCGCUCAGCCAGGAGGCACGAUCCCACAGAACAAUCCCGAGCGUCCCUCACAUCUCCGUCCUGACAUCAACACACGAGACGAGAUGGACCCCUUGCCCCCCAUCACUCUGGAUGCCGACUCACACUCUAUUCAAACCUUUAUGGGGGUGAACGGCGCUUUGUAUGAAGCCAUUAAUGGCGGAUUGAGGCACUUCCCCGCGAUUCCUCCCAUCCUCCCCAGGCUCCUCCCAGGCGAGAUCAGGGACCACAGGUCGGUCAAUCGACCGCGCGAUGCAUUCUCCAUCAUUCUUGACAAGGCGUUGGGCAUGGGUCUCCGGGAUGUUUUGGGGAACGGUGGCGUGAAGUUCACGAUCGGCACGAUGUGUUCCGGUACAGAUGGGCCGAUUAUGGCUCUGCAGGAAUUCCAGGACGCACUUGUUGCCGCCGGCCUCUCAAACACGCUCCAGUUUGAGCACAAGUUCAGUGUUGAGAUUGAGCCGUUCAAGCAGGCAUUCAUCAACAGGAACGCUCGUCCCACGGGGCAUAUCUACAGGAACGUCAACGAUUUUGGCAUGCCCGGUGCCACCGAAGCUAUGACGGUGUCUGGGGCCAUGGAACCGAUUCCCAAGGAUAUCGAUAUCCUUGUUGCUGGCAGCUCCUGCGUCGACUUCUCCGUGCUGAACAAGAAGAAGCUUCAAAGAAAGGAAGCCUCGGGCAUGAGCAAACUGGGCAGUAAAGUCACGGGAGAAAAAGGACGAGAUCCAACUGUUGCUUUACAGGACAAUGAAGAAGAUCCAGCUACAGCUCUUCAUGACGAUGAAGAAGAACCAGUUGGCGCUCCCCAAUACGACGGAGAACCAGUGGUUGCUCUCCAGGAUGAUGAGGAGUUUUUGGCCCAACUCAACGAUCUUACGAACAACCUCCGUGACGAGCACGAGUCUACGAAAACGUUUGUGUCGAUCCUCCAGUAUAUCCGUCAAAAUCGACCCAAGAUCAUGAUCCUGGAGAACGUUGUCAGCGCUCCUUGGAACCAGUUCCGAUUUUACUACGCCAAGAUUGGGUACGACACCAGGUUUGCCAAGGUCGAUGCCAAAUGGUACCUCAUGCCGCAGACACGUCAGAGGAUAUAUCUCAUCGCUGUCGACCGCCGACGUUACGGCGAGAAGGCGAAUGGUAUCGUUCGUGAAUGGGAAAAGACCAUGAGCCAAAAAUGGUUCGAACAACCACCCAAUUUGCAGAAGUUCCUGUUGCAGCCGUCCGAUCCCCAAAUUCUCCAGGGUAGGUAUAUGCUGGAGCUCAAGGCUCACAACAGACCGAAGAGAGAUGUCGAGGCGGUUGCUUGCAUGAUGGAGCACCGCACUGCUCGUCGGAAGUACGGCCUCGGCGACGGCAAUCCGUUUACCCAGCUCGACGCUCGCGGCAUCGUCCGGCCGCGCGAGGAUUCCUGGAUAGGUUACAUCAGAAAUUGGCUUACGGGACGCAUGCAAGAUCUGGUAGACAUCAACUGCCUGAAAGGCUUCCAGAAAGGCGUCGACAUUUCCCACAAAGCUAUCGUUUACGACAUCGGCCAGAAUGUUCAGAGACAGCGGGAUUCGCUCGGAGCGCUGCCGUGCAUUUUGCCCAACGCGGAUCUUUUCCUCUCCAUUCAGGGUCGGCCAAUUUUGGGUUUGGAGGGUCUGGCUUUACAAGGGAUUCCCAUCGAUCGCAUGAAGUCGUCGAGAGAGUCGGAGGUGCAGCUGAAAAGCUUGGCAGGCAACGCGAUGACCACGACAGUUGUUGGUGCUGGAACCCUGUCUGCCCUCAUCUUCGAGCGCAAGUUUGUUGAGGACCCUGACAACCCCUUCUUUGACGGCUUGAGAAAAGCGAGCGACGUGGACGUCGACAUGGACAGCGGCGCACCUCGCCUUGGCUUCGCCAGAGAAGUGGGGCCGGGACCUGCCUCGACUUCUUUUGCAACCGCGCCUGCCCUUCCCGCUGGAAAUCCUUCUUCCAACAACAACUCCUGCCUUUCGAAAAACGAAUCUGCCACCAACAACGCCGUCAGCUCUACAACAAUGGCGACCGCGUCUAGUUCGCUGGAGUUGGCAGAGGGUCCGGACUGGAGGCUUGCCGAGGUCGACGGCAGCGACCCUCCGGUCUGGUUGCUUCGCAUGCUUUGCCAAGAAGGUCGUCGAUACUGCCUCUGCGAUACUUAUCGCAAGCACAAGAACAUUGGCGAAUAUUACAUGUGCGACUAUUGCGCUGAGAUUCGCUGCAUCUCCUGCAUCGGCAAUCCAGAGCACAAUUUCGACAUGGACCGACCCAUCAACGUUCUCUCCAACGAUAGGCGGGGAGCAUACCGAGACACAGUCGCUAGGCUUCCCGGCACGCUCGAGAUCAGUUUGGGGGACGAUGGAGAUGUUCGUCUGUGCGAAAAAGUUCUCGGCAACGGGUUCCAGAGCCACCAGGAUGCGCUCAAAAGUGCUAUUCGCACCUGCGCCGGCGGAGUCGAGUAUUUCCAGACAGACGUCAAUUUCCGGGAUGAUCUCACCAUCACCUACGAGUCCGCCAAGUCCCGCAUCCUCAUUGUUGCUACUCACGCCUCUGUCACAUGGAACGUGUACCUGCGAGGUGCAUUUUUCGACAAGAACGCCAGUUGUGAGAUCACGGACCCCAGAUAUCUCCUCAAUAAUCUGGGCUACGAUCUGGAGCAGCCGCUGAUGCGAGCCACUCUCACCGAUGCACCUUCAUUCAUCCCGACCGCGAACGACUAG